UUCUCCUUCAGUGCUACUCUCAGCUGCAGCCCUCCAACAUGACCUCCUACGCCUCCUCAGCCCAAAGCGCCUCUUCCUACAGACGCACCUUUGGUCAUGGCACCUACGCCUCCCCCACCCUUAACCGCUCCCUGCUGGGCCACAGUGGAGCUGGUGGAGGUCACGUCACCUCCAGGGUCUAUGAAGUGACCCGUACCAGCUCCACGCCCACCUAUCGCGUCUCCUCCAGCCACUACGGCAGGCCUUUAGGGACAUCCCGGGCUUCAGUUGGGCGCUCCUAUGCUGGCAUGGGCGAAACGCUGGACUUCAGCCUGGCAGACGCCCUUAACCAGGAGUUCCUGACCACACGCACCAACGAGAAGGCCGAGCUGCAGCAUCUGAAUGACCGCUUUGCCAGCUUCAUAGAGAAGGUCCGCUUCCUGGAGCAGCAGAAUCACGCGCUGUCAGUGGAGGUGGAGCGCAUGCGAGGCCGUGAGCCCACACGCAUCGCUGACCUUUACGAGGAGGAGAUGAGCGAGCUGAAGAGGCAGGUGGAGAUGCUGACCAAUCAAAGGUCAUGCAUAGAGGUGGAGCGAGACAACCUGGCUGAUGACUUGGACAAGCUCAAAAUCAGACUGCAGGAAGAAAUUCUUCAAAAGGAGGAAGCAGAGAGCAACCUGGCUGCUUUCAGAGCCGAUGUGGACGCUGCCACCCUGGCUCGCCUGGACCUGGAGAGACGGAUUGAGACUCUGCAGGAAGAAAUUGCCUUCCUGAAGAAGAUUCAUGAAGAGGAGAUCCACGAGCUGCAGAACCAAAUGCAGGAGUCUCAGGUCCAGAUCCAGAUGGACAUGUCUAAACCAGACCUGACAGCAGCGCUGAGGGACAUCAGGGCCCAGUAUGAGGGCAUCGCUGCCAAGAACAUUGCUGAGGCUGAAGAAUGGUACAAGUCCAAGGUGUCGGACCUAAACCAGGCAGUGAGUAAGAACAAUGAGGCCCUGAAACAGGCCCGGCAGGAGACCAUGGAGUUCAGACACCAGAUCCAGUCCUACACCUGUGAGAUCGACUCCCUUAAAGGAACCAACGAGUCCCUGAUGAGACAGAUGCGGGACAUGGAGGACCGCCACGGACGAGAGGGCUCCAGCUUCCAGGACACCAUUGCAAGGAUGGAGGCUGAGAUUGCAAACUUGAAGGAUGAGAUGGCUCGUCAUCUCCGUGAGUACCAGGACCUACUGAAUGUCAAGAUGGCUCUGGAUGUGGAGAUUGCCACCUACAGGAAGCUGCUGGAAGGGGAGGAGAACAGGAUCACCCUGCCGAUGCAAAACUACUCCACCCUGAGCUUCAGAGAAACAAGUCCUGAACACCAGCAGCGUUCUUCUGAGAUGCACUCAAAGAAAAGCGUCCUCAUCAAGACCAUCGAGACCCGGGAUGGAGAGGUCGUCAGCGAGUCAAUGAAACACCAGCAAGACAACAUGUGACGAGAAGAGAAAAAUGAUCCCGUGGGUCUCCAUCUCGGCUGGACAGAAAACAAAAUAAAAGCGAUCUAAAACAGA